AUGGUAUUCGACAAUGACGACCGAGAGUCGGGUAUUGAAGUGCGGUCUACUGUAAGCAGUAUUGGCCGCCACGACCCGAAAUGCAUUGCGACAAGUUUUUACCUAUGCAUCAUGCACGGCAAGUCUGUUGAGUCCGAGGUGGUCAUCACCAGUGAUGGGAGUCAACAGGUGCAGCGCAUGGGACCAAUUCAAGACGCAAAUGAUCGAUACAACUCAACACGUCGAUCCGCCCUAAAGAAUAUCAAUCCUGAAAGUCGUCCGGUGGGAGUGUCCAAAACAGAUGCCGGCUACAUCGUCAACGAAGUGUGGACUCCGGGAAGCAAUAUAGAGGCCAACCAUACUGUUAAACUUCAAAUCAACUACUCUACCCUGCGAGCAGUGCGUACAAUUGCUGGAGAUGCGUUCCUUACCAUCGGGAAAUGCAGACGACAGGCGCGCAAUACAUCGGUAUCACAGAGUCUGUGGUUUCGCUAA